GUACUAACACUAGCACCACCAGUAGGGUUUGCUGAGGCCGUCAUUUCAAAUCGACAAAAAAAAAAAAGGCCGUCACAGCAAGAGAGGCAAUUGGAGCUGAUAAGUUGAAGAAGAAUGGCCGUCGGAAAAAACAAGCGCAUCUCCAAGGGAAAGAAGGGUGGCAAAAAGAAGGCCGCCGAUCCCUUUGCCAAGAAGGAUUGGUACGAUAUCAAGGCUCCUUCCGUCUUCCAGGUCAAUAAUGUGGGCAAAACCCUUGUUACUCGUACUCAGGGCAAAAAGAUUGCUUCUGAAGGACUCAAACAUAGAGUGUUUGAGGUCUCACUUGCUGAUCUUCAAGGGGAUGAGGACCACGCCUUCAGGAAGAUUAGACUGAGAGCAGAAGAUGUACAAGGAAGGAAUGUGCUCACAAAUUUCUGGGGAAUGGAUUUUACUACUGACAAGCUGAGGUCACUUGUCAAAAAAUGGCAAACUUUGAUUGAAACUUACGUGGACGUGAAGACCACGGAUAAUUAUAUGUUGAGGAUGUUCUAUAUUGGGUUUACCAAAAGACGGUAUAACCAAAUGAAAAGAACCUCCUAUGCUAAAUCAAGCCAGAUUCAGCAGAUUCGCAGGAAGAUGAGGGAGAUCAUGACCAAGCAGGCAACAUCCUGUGAUCUCAAGGAGUUGGUCCGGAAGUUUAUCCCCGAAAUGAUUGGGAAAGAGAUCGAGAAGGCUACUUCUAACAUUUACCCUCUUCAAAAUGGGUUUAUCAGGAAAGUUAAGAUCCUGAAAGCCCCAAAAUUUGAUCUGGGGAAAUUGAUGGAGGUUCACGGUGGUGACUAUGCUGAAGAUAUUGGUUACACUGUGGACAGACCUGUUGAUGAACCAAUGGCUGAGGCUGGGGCUGAAGUAGUUGGCGUUUAAGUGAUAAUGGAUUUUAGUUUGUUUUAGGACUUUUACUAGUGUUUAUUUACCAGUUUUGUUUUGACAACGAGAAAUAUAAUUUUGCUUUCAAUCUAAAUUUUCGAUCUUGGGUAAACAUGAUACACUUCAAUUUUUGAUUUGGCUAAUUUUUCUCUGUGUAAAUGCAGAAGUGAUUUAACAAAAUCACGUUUAUAAUAAGUAAUAAUUUUUAGUUUC